GAGUUUGUUUACAAUGGUCUAUAACCUAUCCAAAUGGAUCAUUUGAACCAGCUAUUUCAUAUGAAAUUUAUAGUUAUGCUUCAUCAGAAGUUAAUCUAGUCACUGUUCAAACAUCAUUACCAUGGAAAAAGGUUGGUGAAGUGGCUGCUCUUCCUUUACCUAUGGCAUGUACAUUAACUCAUGUUCAAGCGAAUAAUAUGUAUUAUUUUAUUGUUAGAUCAGUGGAUCGAUUGCGUCGAUAUAGUUCAUGGUCAAAUGUUGUCAAUGCAUAUGUUAGUUGAAAUAUUGCAACCAAGAGAAGAAAAACUGUUUUGUCAACUAAGCAUCUUAUUUGGUGUCUUUUCUUGAAUCACUUCUUUAUCAUUGAGGAUAGAUGUGUUUUGCUUUUUUUUAUUGAAAAAAAAACACUGCUGCAUUUAUCCAGUAACAAAUAGGUCUGUACAGUUUUUAUUCAUGUCAACAAGAAGUGUGUGUAUGUGUAUACAGAUAUAUAUGUAAAGUUUCUUUUCUUUUUAUUCAGGGACUUUAGCCCUAAAUUGAUUUUUCAUCAAUUGUAUAUUUUAAUAUUUUGUAAUCUAGAUUAUAUAUAUAGAUAUGUAUCAAACUCGGAAAGAGUAUGCCCUUUUUUUAUUGGCGCUAGAGAUAUUAGCCUUGAAAAUGCCAUUCCACACUGUUCAAUGCUCCAAUGUACACAAUUGGAUUUUUUGUUUCUCAUUUCGGGGGUUUU